CCUCUGUUCGCCUGCUGACUCCGCUCAGUGAAGACGCCCUUAGCAACAAAACAAAGCUGCGUCGAAUAAGAUACUCGUACGGCAGAGAAGGGGGAUUAAACCGCUGCCGCCUUAUCGCCCCGACUACAGGCGAAGCUCUUCCCCUGCGAGAGAGGCACGCUCCGGGUCGCUCCUGCGGUUAACAUGGGGCACCACUGCAGCUAGCGAGCUAGCCUAUUUCGGCUAGCCUUCCCCCCCGAAGACCAGCGGAGCAGCCCCGAGCUGUCCGGAAGGAGGACACGAGCCCGUGCGGGGGUUUCGCCGAGUGCUAGCGUCGCCGUGUGCAGCUGCAACAAAGUCAGCUAACCGGGAAUAAGCACGGGGAUGGUGCACCGGAUCGAGUCACUGCACCGACAGAGAGAGGCGAGGGGCACACGGGUCAGAGCGCCGAGGCGUAACAUUUGGACUCAGACUAUUUUUAUCGGAGGGAGCGGCUCUCCGGCGGACGGCUGUGCGAGCUAGCUGGCUAGCUAGCUAGGCUGCGGGAGACGACCCCCACUGCUUGCUCGGGGGUUUCUUUUCUUCCCACCAAACGGCAGCCGGGGCUAAUGCCACAGUGAGAGUAGCACGCCGAAUACACACCUGCCAUCAAUACGCCGAGGACACGUUAUAGAAAGAAGGAGCCAGGUCCGUCGGCGCAGGGCUCCUCGCGGCACACGGAUGCGCGCUGCUAGCUCAGUUUGCUACGUGGCUCUAGUUUGAAACUUCGCUUUUUUUCCACUUUUUAUUCGGGAUUUUCUCUCCCCCCCCCCACUUCGGAUGCUGGCAUCACGUGUCAAUUGCAAUCAUGAUGAUAAUAAGCAGAAAACCAGAGGGGCCAAUAGCAACAGCACGCCACGGUGACGGCCUGUAUGACUCGUACAUGAGGACUGACCACAUCCUUAAAGACGAAGCCGAUACAAACAGUCCGUCUGGGCUGCCCCCAAUGCCCAAACACGCAGUUGUCGGUAAUAAGACUGUCAUGAGGGAUCAGGCAACUGUGCGCGGCGGCCAGCUGAAGGUCAAGUACCUGUACGAAGACUCCACCAACAACCGAAAGAUAAAUGCUAUAUCCACGGCAACCAUUGGGAAUAGUGGGACCACCGGUCAGACGCCCAGUAAACCUGCCCCAGUCCCCAGCCUGUCCAAGGAGCACAGUGUUGACAGCACUGAAUCCAGUAAGGCCUCCUCUGAAUCCUCCGGCACACACGGAGUUGGGAAUGGAGGGAACAGUGGGAAGCUGUGUGGCCCCCUCACUCCUGACCAGGCUCUGAGACUGUACCGGUCUCAGCUGACCACCCUGGAGCAGACUGAGAUCCACUCCUACCCGGACAUCUACUUUGUGGGACCCAAUGCCAAGAAGAGGCCUGCCGUUGCCGGAGGCAACAACAACUGUGGCUAUGAUGAUGAGCAGGGCGGUUACAUUCACGUCCCCCAUGACCACCUGGCUUACCGCUACGAGUUCCUCAAGAUUAUUGGUAAAGGAAGCUUUGGACAAGUGGCCAAGGUAUACGACCACAAACUGCAGCAGCACCUGGCUCUGAAAAUGGUGCGCAACGAGAAGCGCUUCCACCGGCAGGCGCAGGAGGAGAUCCGCAUCCUGGAGCACUUGCGCAAGCAGGAUCGAAACGGCACCAUGAAUGUGGUGCACAUGCUCGAAAACUUCACGUUCCGCAAUCACAUCUGUAUGACCUUUGAGCUGCUGAGCAUGAACCUAUAUGAGCUUAUCAAGCGCAACAAGUUCCAGGGCUUCAGCUUGCCGCUGGUCAGGAAGUUUGCCCACUCCAUCCUGCAGUGCCUGGAGGCCCUGAACAGACACAGAAUCAUCCACUGUGACCUCAAGCCAGAGAACAUCCUGCUCAAACAGCAGGGACGUAGCGGCAUCAAGGUGAUUGACUUUGGCUCCAGCUGUUUCGAACACCAGCGAGUAUACACCUACAUCCAGUCUCGUUUCUAUCGGGCUCCAGAGGUGAUUCUGGGUUCACGUUAUGGCCUUGCUAUUGACAUGUGGAGCUUCGGCUGCAUACUGGCAGAGCUGCUCACCGGCUACCCACUGUUCCCCGGCGAGGACGAGGGUGACCAGCUGGCCUGCGUCAUGGAGCUGCUAGGCAUGCCUCCGCAGAAGGUUCUGGAGCAGGCCAAAAGGGCAAAGAACUUCAUCAACUCCAAGGGCCACCCUCGCUACUGCGGUGCAAACACCCUGCCCACGGGGGCCACUGUGCUGACGGGGUCUCGCUCCCGCCGUGGGAAGAUGAGAGGCCCGCCCGGUAGCAAGGAGUGGAGUGCCGCCCUCAAGGGCUGCGAGGACCCCACCUUUACUGACUUCAUAAAGAAGUGUUUGGACUGGGACCCCUCAUCUCGUCUCACCCCUAGCCAGGCCCUCAGACACCCCUGGCUGUAUCGCAGGCUGCCCAAGCCCCUACCUGGGACGGAGAAGAGCCAAGCGGCCGCGGUAAAACGACUCCCUGAGCACCACAGCACCUCCUUCCCCUCUAUCCUGGCCAAAGGGGCCCCUGGCUUAGGCACCACAGCUGCCAACAACAAACUGAGGAGCAAUAUGAUGGGAGACUCGGGGGAGGCCAUACCUCUUCGCACGGUCCUACCAAAACUUGUCUCUUAGAGAGAGAGAGAGAGAGAGAGAGAGUCUUCUAAUCUCCUCUCUCUAUCCUCUUCCUCCUCCUCUGCACUCCUCAGGAGGGUUCAGAGUACAGGAAGAAGAGGAGCCUCGGUUUUAACUUUUGACUUGUUGGGUUGUUCUUUUAAUUUGUUUUCUACUGCGUGGUGUCGACACCCCAGUUUCCCGGUUUUUAAUAUUAGCUGAACACAUAGAGAGACAGACAAUAAAAGAAACACUCUAAAAAAAAGGUUUUUAUACAGAGGAUUUUCUUGAGCGGCUGUGGAGUGUCUAUGUCGACAGCCAACUGAUAAGGUUUGAUUUAGAUGAUGCUUUUUAAAAUCUUCCUUGUGUGAGUGGACGGCUUCUGAAAUGAGCAAAAGUUUUUAACCUGCGUGUGUUGUCACGGGAGUGUCGUGUUUUAGUAAAACACACUCGAGCACACCUGCACUGUCGCCUGCCUCACUUCCCACUGAACGCUCACGUUACGACCACCCUGUCCGGGGAAGUCGUUUAUGAGUGACACUUGAAAAGGGCUACAGAGAUUUACUCUUAUCAGGUUCGAGUCAGCAAACAAAGAUGUGAGCAGCGAACAUCGGUAAAAAAAAAAGAAUCAUGCUCAAGUGUUUUGGGCCCUAACACUGACAAAGUUAUCCCUCAUGUCUACAACCUCAAUGCCUUCACACAGGUAAUGAGGGAUUGGCAUUAUGUAGUGAACAAUUAGAAAAACAUUUUUUUUAGCAAUAAUUCUAAAACUUCCUCGUAAUUUACUUAUUGUGCUCUUUUUCUACCCUUCCUGAUCCCCGGUGCUUGAAUGUCAGCUCAGUGUGUACGUGUGUACGUGUCUGCGCUUUAGCCUCAUGGUGCUACUGUGGGAGGUAUUGAGAGGGCAUAGGACAACCUAUUUACAGCCCCCUACUCCUCCUGCCAACUCCACCUUUGAGUGGAAAGAAGGGGCUGGGGAUGGACAGAAGCUCCACUCGAACUCUGUCAUAGAGGUGUCACCGUCACACUCGGUACUUCGCAAGCAGGUUUUUUGUGUGAGACUGCUGUAUGAGGUAGAGAGACGGAGGGCUGAAAGUCGCAGCACACACACACACACACACACACACACACACACACACACACACACGUCUGUGGGGGAAUUGCCAGGAAGGUUGUCUUUGGAAAGUUAAUUUUGUAUGCUCGUCACCUGUCCAUGCUCCUGAUUGGUUGCUGUGAUUGCUGGCAGUGCAUUAGUCCUAAUAGGAGAGCGGGGCAAGGCGAGAAGGGUCAUGGGGUAAUAUGAAGGGCAGUAUUUUUUAAUAUGAGCCAAGAUCUUCUUUUUUUUCUUCUUCUUUUUCUUGGGGAGGUGAAGAUGAGUUGGCAGGAAGGGCCAGUGAUGAAUUAGGGUUUUUAUGGUACUGCAGUAAGAAGUGUUUCUCAGGGAGACAUACUUGAUACAUCCCUUCACCUUAGAUUAACUGUGUUCCACUUACAGUCCUCUGUCCCGACGAUGGAUGAACAUGCAUGCAGUUCUGUCUACUGAGAGCGAGAGAAUGCAUAUACGAGUUUGUCCGCGAAGGGGGUCUGCAUGCUCCACAAUCUGACCUAGAUUCUCUCUCCUCCCCCACCAUCCCUCCCUCUCUCUCUCUCUUGUUGUCUCACUGUCUCAUGUAGGGCAGGGAACCUCUUAAACCAACAUAUAUAUAGUGAAUUAUGGUGCUGUCCGAAAUGCAGACACGCACACGAAGACACACACGGUGCAUGUUGCUAUGGACCACACCGCUCGGAGUCCUUUCUCUCGUCCCUCUUUUUCUAAGCCAAACUGUCAGGGAUUUCUACUCUGUCUCCAUUCUUUUUUCUUUCUUUUUUUUUUUUUAAUAGAAGUGGUUUCUAUUGCUUUUCACUCCAGAAUAUCAGAGGAUGUAAAAUGCGAACGUGGAAAAAGAGAAACUUUGUAUACUGUCAUGUUGUACUUGUGGUGUGCGUUAGUAGGAGGGUGUUUGGUGUUCCAGCAUGAAAUCACAACCUGUUAUCAGACUGACUAUGAGAAGAGAAACUGUACAGUAACCAAAUGAAGUUGUGAUAGUUUCUUUUUCGAAAGAAAAUAAAAAUGAUUAUUAACUGAAA